GGCUAUCAAUGUUAACCUCAAUUAUUUGAAAGUCUUGUUAAUGAUUUUUUUCUCUUUUUAGGUAAAACACUUCGUAUUAAGCAAUUUUUUUAAUGCUAGACACCCGUAAAGACGAGAAAAACGGUCUUCAAAAACGCCUGAAGAAAGUCUACGAUUCGGCUAAUGAAUUAGACGAGAGCCUGUUCAAAUCCGACCAGUUGGACAGACAUAUUUUAAUGAUGAUGAAAAUCGAUCGAUUAAGAGAUCAGAGCAUUUGUUCCCAGCUGCAAGAAGCUCAGAAAGAAAACAAACAGCUUUUAAAUAUGCUCCAGUUAGAUGAUGGUAGAAACAUACGAGGAACUAAUUCUAACACUUCUUGCAGUACAAUGAGCUUGGUGCAUUUGCAAUACAAGUAUGAAGAGUUGGUGGCAAAUCAAAACGGUCUGUUGAAAAUUUUGGACAUGAGACAUCAAGAACUGAAGAAAUAUCAUGAAGAGAACGUUAAUUUAAAGGAAGCAGUGGAGAAUUUAAAAUAUACUAUUAAGAAAUACGAAAUUGAAUUCACCAAACUUUUAGAGGAAAUUAGGAAGAUAAAGAACCGAAAAAAUCGAAAAAUUCACAAAUUAAAAACGGAAAGGGACACCUUGAAAAUGGUACAUAAUAAAUUCGUAGGGUUACUGAACAAGCAGACCAUGGAACAGGAUCAAGCGUUGAUGGAACAACUGAGACUCGCCGAAAAUUCAGAAAAAGCUCUGCUCAUUCAAGAAAUAAGAAAAAAUAACGGGCUGUUAUACGAAAACUUUCAACUCCACCAAAAAAUCGACUACCUCGAAGCGAAAUUGAACACCAAAUCGAAAACGAGACGAUCGCACACUGCCAGUUCGAGCUCCAGUAGAUGCGUCCAUUAACAUUCAUCCAUUUAACAGAUGUGAGCUACUGAAGAGAACAUUUUUGAUCGACAGAUAUCGACGGGUAAAUGAAUACCUAGAAUUUCUUUUGUAUUGUGAUGUAGUAUUAUAAUAAAGUAAAAAAGUAUU